AUGUCCCAAACCACAAGCCGACCAAAGAGAAAGGCGGCAAUAAAUAAGGUUUACAACGACUCCUUAGAUCUGCAGCUAGAUUAUGAUCUGUCAACGUCAUCAGUGCUAUCAACUACUUCAAGUGCAAUCUCAACUCCGAGGUCAAACUCCAGCAAGAAAAGAAAGAAAACGAACCCUCCUACAAAGAAGCUACUGGUACCAGAAACUGCACUCGUGAAGUCACGGAGCGAUAGCCCCACAUCUCUGAUUCCGUACAAUUGGCAGGCACCCCCAAGACCAGAGGAUUAUUUUUCAAACAAAUUGGACUUGACAGACUCGUACAUAGACUUGAAAACUCAGACAUUAUACUGUCCGCACCAUAAUAAUGCAACCUCCACCAAAAGAAGUAAAAACAAUAAGCCGUUUUCACUUUCCAAGGGCCAAUGUAUCUACAUGAUUAGUGAACCCCCUGGUGAACCAUAUUACAUAGGAAGGAUACGAGGCUUCACAAGUAGUCUUCACCAAAAAUACAAUGAUGGAAAUACCGCUCCGCACUCAGAAAGCAAUCUGGUGGUCUCUUCCAAAGGAUAUCAAUUUCUUGUACAAUGGUUUUUCAGGCCAAGAGAUGUUUCAAAAGCUAGUUCCGAUUCUCGAUUGUUGUACGCCACAAUGGACUCUGACACCUGCCCUUUGGUCAGCUUUCGUGGCGUAGUGGAUGUUGAGUUGAAACAAGACAUAGAGGACGACUACUACAGAAGAACAGCACAAGUAGUGAACGGUCGCAAUAGAGCUCCAUCAAAGUCACAAACUCCAACUGGUGGCAUUUCCCCGAUUGAAGCAUACGUCCAAAACCCCAACUGUUUUUACUUUGAUCGGUUAUACGAUCGGUACAUGAUACGGUCGUACGAUGUAUUACUGACAAAUAACCUUUUACAGUAUGCGCAAGUGGAAAACAGCAAGUCGAAGAAUUUCUUGAUUGCAUUGAACAAGCGAUUCCAGUACAUCUUUUGCGAAACACAUAGAACAAAAUCAUUGGUAAAUUCUUUCAAAGCCAACACUUGCAAUUGUGACAUUUGUGGGUUGUGGUGCGAUGGUGCAGAUUCAAUAAGCUGUGUUGAAUGUAACAAAUAUUUUCACAUGUUCUGUUUGGAUCCACCUUUGCUCAAGAAACCCAGUCGUGGAUUCUCAUGGUCCUGUGCUGUUUGUACAAAGAAGCACGAGAUUGAAUAUCAUCAAAAAAAGAUAUUAAUGCUUCUGCAUGAUAACAAAUCAUCGAACCAGGAAAGUCUAGAGGAAGAAUUGGGUGCAUUGGGGUCAUUAGAAGCCGAAGUGGAGGAUUUGAGUAAGACCCAAUCUGUCGACGCUUGCACCAAUGCGAGUGCAGUGCUCCCGCGAUACGAGCUUAUGGCAAAGGAGUUUUUAGAAGAUGACGCUAACGUUACUUUUGAAGAACGGAGACUAAAAGAAGAGUGGUGUAUGAGAUACUUAGGAUUGAAUGCCAAGUUGGAAGAGGCUGUGGACUUGGAUGAUAAAUCACCCUAUCCUCGUGCUUCAACUAGAGUCGGGGCCAAGCAUCAAGCCGUUUAUAUCCCUGAAUGCAAUGGACACCCAAUAGUAUACUAUGAUGAGGAAAAAUCACCAAAGAAGAAGACGCAAAACAACAAGUCGAAGGGAAAAGAGAAACAAGAUGAGAUUCAAAAGCUACUAAUUCCGAAAGAAUAUCAGGACGUUGACCCUAGAGAGUACCCUAGCUGGUUACAACCACGCCCUAAAGGGUACAUUGAGCGAGGUGUUGAUGACGGAGCUGGAGUCACGUGCACGUUACUUUGGAAGUCAUCAGAAAAGGACAUUGCCAAUGGAUUCCAAGAUCUAGAUGCAUUUGUGGCGAGAUGUGCUCCAAUUGCUGAGUCACUUGGUCUUUCUCCAAAUUCACCCAAUUUCUGCGACGCUGUGACUUAUCAGUACAUGAUCCACAAUGGGGAUGCGGAAGCUGCAUUUGCCGAUGUACUGAAAUUAGACAAGAAAAAACUCAAAGAGCCCGUGUUCAAUAGAGAAGAAGUCAAGCGUUUUGAAUCUGGAGUGAAGGAAUUUGGAAAUGAAUUGUAUUUUGUGCAGAAAAAAGUCAAAACCCAACCGAUACAAGAAGUGGUGCGUUUCUACUAUCUUUGGAAAAAGUCAAAAAAUGGUCGAGAGAUUUGGGGAAAUUUUGAAGGUCGGACGAAGAAGCUGCAUAAUACAGUCAAGCAGGAGCAACAAGCCCUGAAAAAGCCCGAGCAUAUAAUUAUCGAUGACUUGGCCAAUGCAAAUGACGAUUCCUCGUAUGAAAAUGACAAGAUACAGCAGCUGCAUGCCAAAUUUCUUUGCAAACACUGCAAUACAGAUUACUCAAUCCAAUGGUUUAGGGUUUCUGGUCAUGAUGCAAAGAAGUUGGAUGAGAAUGGCAACGUUGUUGCAUUGUGUUUUCGAUGUGCCAGAUUAUGGAGGAGGUACGCUGUCGUGUGGGAGAGUCCCGAGGAAGUGCUCAAGAAGGUAUCUAAAUCUAGUGGAUGGCGAAAGGGAGUUGAUAGUGAGCUUUUGAGUGACGCCAAUGCUGUAUUGCAUUAUGCUGAUUCAACCAAUUCAAGUCUAUCGCAGGAUGAUGUGAGAACUAACAAGCCGAUGGGAGCCGGAGCCAUUGACAUCAAACAAGAGCCGGUGAGUGAAAAGAAGGCGGAUGGUAAAAAGAAACCUGUCAACAUGUCCGUUACAGCACCGAAAUCUAUCAAAGUGGAGCCUUCAAUAGUUAAACAUGAGGCAAAAGUCCCAAAACAAGAGCGAGAAGAAGAUGAUAAACCAUUACCUAGAAUUGAUGAAUUGAUAGCUAAAGGAUUGGGAGUAUCAACAAAGAACCUACUUUUCAGUCCAAAGUACCUUGCUCCGAGGUCGAUUCGAGUACCGAAGAAGAUAACUGCUCAAGACGCAAAGGCUACACUUAGUCCCAUUAUUGACCACUACAGAGAAGUUCAACUAGCAGAUGUAUACUCUCCGCUUUCUGCACUCCAGACGCCACAUUUGACAUCUAUAGAGUUACCAUUCAAGCCCCAUGAGAGGAAAUGCUGCGUGUGUCGAGAGCACGACACAGAAAAGUCGGCACUACUGGAGAUGUUGAUUUGUGCCAACUGUGGUGUCAAUGUCCAUGGAUCGUGUGCUGGGUAUGCAUUACCAGAGAAAGUGAAACCCGUGAAGGAGUGGCUAUGUGAGCCGUGUACGAAUGACAUGAGGCCUAUACACAGUGCCAUCUAUUCGUGCUGUUUGUGUUUGGCACAUGAAACGAAUUUUGAAUUGUCGAUUCUUGGUUCACCACAUGUAAGGCCCGAUUUCUUGAAACCGACAUCUGAUGGAAGAUGGAGUCAUUUGUUAUGUGCCGCAUUCAAUAGUGAAUAUGCCAAUUUCAAAGAGCCCAAAGGCACAGAUGUUGCGCACAGUUUUUUGUCACUUGACGAUGUCCUGAAGGUUUAUUUGAAUAAUUGUAAGAUUCAAUGUGGGAUAUGUCAAGCGUACAAUGGGUCAUUGGUGCCGUGUGAUCUUUGCGAGACGCCAAGUUUUUAUCAUCCUACAUGUGCGCAAGAUACACCAAAUUACAAGUUGGGAUUUAAAUUGGAUACUGAAGUGAAACCACCACAAACGGCAGUUAAAGUAGAUGGAAAAGUGGGGAAGUUGAGAACGAUGUUGGUGUGUCCCAAACAUGAUCAAUCAAAAGAAACCAUUCUCAAUUUCAGGACGUUGGGGAGGAGAGUUGCUAGUAGGGAUAGUGAAACCAAGCCAAUAAUUCAACUAUACCUUAAAGAUCUAGUGAAGCUGAAUAGAGCGGUGUCAAGUGGACCUCAUGCAAAAGCACUAAACUACAUUGAGCACAGGAACAUGUAUUUUGGCAAGUCAGUCCCGAAUACCAGUGGUGACUCAAAGAGUCGUGGCGCAUCGCACCGCAAAAGGUGUCUGAACUGUUUGACAGACAUGUCGCCUAUGUGGUGGGCAGCCGAUGUCAAAGGUAGCGAAGGAAGUAGCAGUAGCAGUAGCAGUAGCAUUAGCAGCAGCAGCUGUGACAGCGUCCUUUGCCAAUCUUGCCAUCACAAUGGGGUCAGUGAAUCUCUAACUACCAAAUCUACUGAGCUUGCUGAUUUAUCAAAACCCUUGAAUGGAGAAUUUUACUUCAUUGAAAAUGAAAAAGAUACGGUAAAGAAUGUUUACCAUUCUAAGCUUAUCGAUGAAUCCUCAUUGACAGCUCCCAUUGAACCUGUUAGGUCCAAGAUUUCGUUGGGAGAUAUACUUAUAUAG